AUGAACAAGAUCCGGAAGCUUUUCCGAGGUAGUGGGAGAGCUCUCGCGUUUAUAUUUGUUGCCUCUGUCAUUUGGUUGAUCUUUGACAUGGCAGCUCUCAAGCUUUCAUUCAGUGAGAUCAACACCAAGGUUCUGAAAGAUGAGAUGAUCAGGAGGGAAAGGGAAAGAUUCAAAGUUUGGCGAAACCUAGAAAAGACCCCUGAAAGCUCCAGAAGGGAACCAAAACCUCCCCCGAAAGGCUUUGAAAGGGGGAGAUUUAGUAAAGAGAAAUAUAGAAAUAUAGAAGAGAAAGUGGUAGAGGCUGAAAAUGAAAUUGACAAACAGAAUGAAAAGAGAACAGCAAAACCAACAGAAAAGAGAAGCAUGGCCUAUAAGAAAAUGAUUGUGCCACUUGGGACAUUCUCAGUGAAACUGCUGAGCCCCUAUCCCUCUGUUCCCAUGGAAAAGAGAGAGAGAAAAAAGCAUGUAAAGACUGUAAACUCCACUGACCUGCUGAGAACAAAGCAAACUGUUCCCAAAAGGCUUCAGCAGACCCCAUUAGCUGCAGCAACAGGGAGAUCAGUUGUCAAAUUAACACACAGCACAGCUACUGUAAGAAACAAAGUUGAACAGAAAGAGAACCAACCUGUAACUAAGGCAUCAAAGGGCAUUGAGGGAAAUUUAAAAAUUGGGAUUACAGAGAAAAUCCCUUUGGCUGGAUUAAAACAGGAAUUGCAAACGGAGGCAAACCCCAAGGAACCUCAGAACAAACCCCCAGUACCAGAUUUGCCAAUUCCUAGGCAAAUCAUCUCUGUAAAGCAAAACAGGAUUGGGGUGAAAGCAAUAGAUGGCACCGAACACAAAACAAACAGGAGUUUGGAUGUACCUGUCAGCAAGCUGGCUGCUGCAAACAGUGCCGAGAAAAAGGGAUUGUCCACAAAGCCAACAGGACUGGGAAAGCUGCCAAAGGAAGACGAAACAACAGCUGCUCAUGAAAAGAAACUAACUUUCUCUGAAAAUCAGUUUGUCAUUAUUAGUAAAGAAGGGAUAAAAAUCAACAUCCCAGCAACCCAGAAUCUGGUAGCUGAUUCUAAUGGAAAUUUUACAAUGAGAUUGAACAUGAGAAAAGAACAGCAAUUUAUUAGCAGCAAAAGUGAGGAUGCCCCUAACAUGAACUCUGUAACCAAGACUGCUGAGCUUAAUGGUCUAACUAAGAAAGCAAUUUUGACGGAAGGUCCAGAGCUAACAAAAGUUCACGUCAGGUUAGAUGAUAAGGAGCAAUUAAGGAAAAGAAAUCGAAGCAGCUAUACGGUCCACUUUACAAGGGACACUGGAAUGCACAAAGUCUUAACAAUUGAUGUAACACUUUCCCCAAGAGAUCCCAAAGCUCCCGGUCAGUUUGGGCAUCCUGCUGCAGUCCCUGAUGAUAAGCAAGAAGAGGCAAAAAGUAGAUGGAAGGAAGGAAACUUCAAUGUCUAUCUGAGUGAUUUGAUCCCUGUAGACCGAGCCAUUGAUGACACAAGGCCUGCCGGGUGUUCAGAACAACUGGUUCACAAUGACCUUCCAACUACCACGAUUAUCAUAUGUUUUGUGGAUGAAGUGUGGUCCACUCUUCUACGCUCCGUUCACAGUGUCCUCAAUCGAUCUCCUCCUCACCUGAUUAAAGAGAUUAUUCUGGUGGAUGACUUCAGCACAAAAGAAUACCUCAAGGAUAGCUUGGACAAAUAUAUGUCACAGUUUCCAAAGGUUCGGCUCCUUCACCUCAAAGAAAGACAUGGUUUAAUACGAGCCAGACUAGCAGGGUCAGAGAUUGCUAAAGGUGAUGUAUUGACAUUCUUAGAUUCUCAUGUGGAAUGUAAUGUAGGAUGGUUGGAACCACUUCUGGAAAGAGUCCGUUUAAACAGAAAGAAAGUAGCAUGCCCAGUUAUUGAAGUAAUCAGUGACAAGGACAUGAGUUACAUGACAGUGGAUAACUUUCAGCGUGGGAUUUUUACCUGGCCAAUGAAUUUUGGAUGGAGGCAGAUUCCUCCAGAGGUCAUUGAGAAAGAUAAAAUCAAGGAAACAGAUAUAAUAAGGUGUCCCGUAAUGGCAGGUGGAUUAUUUUCUAUUGAUAAGAAGUAUUUUUUUGAACUUGGAACGUAUGAUCCUGGCCUGGAUGUUUGGGGAGGUGAAAAUAUGGAGCUUUCAUUCAAGGUCUGGAUGUGUGGAGGAGAAAUUGAGAUCAUCCCAUGCUCCAGAGUUGGACAUAUUUUCAGGAAUGACAACCCGUACUCCUUCCCUAAAGACCGGAUAAAAACAGUGGAGCGGAAUUUGGCACGUGUUGCCGAGGUCUGGUUAGAUGAGUACAAAGAAUUGUUCUAUGGACAUGGUUACCACUUAAUCCAGAAAAACCUGGAUGUUGGAGACUUGACUCAACAAAUAGAACUGCGGAAGAAGCUUAAGUGCAAAAACUUCAAGUGGUAUCUGGAGAACAUCUACCCAGACCUGGAAGCUCCUCUUGUUAAAGCCAGUGGGCUGAUUGUUAACAUAGCUAUGGCUAGAUGCAUUACUGUGGAAAACUCCACUCUGGCCUUUGAGACUUGUAACAUUAGCAACAAGAACCAGAAGUUCAACUACACUUGGCUGAGACUAAUAAAACAUGGGGACUUCUGCGUAGCACCAGUAGAUGCAAAGAGAACACUGGGCCUGUACCCUUGCGAUAACAGAAACAAUAGCCUGAAAUGGUUGCAUAAAUCAUUGGUGGCCUUUCAACCAGAACUGAUGGAUCACAUGGUUUUAGAACACCUUCAGCAGCCAACAUGUUUGGAAGUGGAUCAGUCUCACAAAAUCCUGAGGGUUAAUGCCUGUGAUGCCUCAAAUCCUUAUCAGAAAUGGCAGUUUGGCAAUUAUUAUGCUGACUGA